CACUCUAGCUCUACGCACUGCAAGAGUUCAUCGAGGCGUGGAGGGCGCGGCGACUGCUCAAGGCGUUAAUCUGCUAUUGAGUCUUUUUUUUUCUUCCAAAAACAAUGAGGCGACUGUGGAUUGUCGGUCUCCUCUGUGCACUUUUGGCAUUCGCAUCUGUGAAAGCUGAUGACGACGUUGACAUUGACGGCACAGUAGAAGAGGACCUUGGGAAGAGCAGAGACGGAUCCCGCACAGAUGAUGAGGCUGUUCAGAGGGAGGAGGAAGCCGUUCAGCUAGAUGGUUUGAACGCCUCGCAAAUAAAAGAAAUCCGGGAAAAGGCAGAAAAGCAUGCGUUCCAGGCGGAGGUGAACAGGAUGAUGAAACUGAUCAUCAAUUCCUUGUAUAAGAAUAAGGAGAUCUUCCUUCGAGAGCUGAUCUCUAAUGCUUCCGAUGCCUUGGAUAAGAUCCGGUUGUUGUCCCUCACCAAUGAAGAUGCGCUUGCUGGAAAUGAAGAGCUUACUAUUAAAAUCAAGGUGUGUUAA